GAUGAGCUGGAAACCCCGAGCAGAGCACAAGCUGAAGCUCCGAGAAUAUUGACAAGUGAUAGAGUUGGCAACUGUACCACCAUUAACUUCUGGAAGGGAAGCCCAGUAACACAGAGAAAGGAGUCCUGUUGAACAAUUUGCCACUGACAGUGCAGAAAUGUCAGGCAAUGUUGAGAAGCAAAGAACAUUUUCUGCUCCACUGAAAGAAGAGCUAUCAAUGUUUCCCUGUGAUAAGGAUUUAACUGAAAUUCUUUUCUCGUCGUCACUUCUGAAAAAACUGGAAGAACUGAAACAAGCUCUAGUAAAAAACCACGAUGCAGUGAAAACAGAAAGCUGCAACGUAAAUCCUUUGGAUCCAAUUCCAUUGGGCAAUCAAAGCCUGAUUCCAGCAGAUCUAGGUAACCUGCCCCCACACCACUUUGUGAUCUACCGAUUUGGGUGUUAUGUUGUCCGUUUGCUCUGCAGUAGCUGUGGUCACUCUCCCCUUACCCUCCUACUGGCAGACAGCAUUUCCACUGAAGUAAGGAGCCGCUGCCAGAAUAUUUUAUACAAGAACAGCUUUUACUACGAUGCCAACAACAGGAUAUUAUAUAUCAAGUCAACCUGGCUCAACAACGCAGGAGAGUUUAUAGUCAGCAUUCUUCACACAAUGGCACAUAUUAAAGCUGGAAUCCAAAUAAAUGAUGGUCAUCCCAUCUUCACCGAGGAGUUUGAGCAUGGUGUUGCCGUCUUAGGCACCACUCUAUUCUUAAUGUGCUGUAACACCACUGAUAAUGGGAUAGAAGAAAGCAAAGAUACUACAGUGAUGGAUUCUGAAAAUUGGAACAAUGCUAAACAACUACCUUGUGUUCAGUCAAUUUUUGAGGAUCUUAUCCACAUCAAAGUACCACCUGAGACAAAAUUUAUUGAAGAAACCCUACAUGAUAGACUUAAGAAAUACACAUUGUUUAAAAUACACAACAUGCUACAACAAAUCUUGGACACUUCUGGAAAGUCAAGGAAAUUCUCAGUCCUGGAGGGAAGAAGGGCAGCUACUGUUCAUCCUGAAACAGAUUCUGAAGAUAAAGAUGAAGGUUUUGCAGAAUAUAACAUGCAGGAGCCUGAGGACAAAUGUGAGUCACUUUCGGAAGAUUUCCACAAUCUGUUGAAAAAUCUCUCGCAAACAAGGGACAUGCUGUCAAUGCUCCACUUACAGAGACGUUGUGUACUAAACAGACUGAAGGAACUGGAAUCUGAAUUAGCAGGUUUACACAGCACUGGAAAACAGACCAUCCAGAAUCUCAAACCUGAGAACAGAAGUACUAUCAGAAAGUGAAAUGUAAAGUUGAGACAAAUUAAACUAAGGAUUAUGUGUUGUGAAAUCUAAGUAAUUAAAAUUUUUAUUUUAUUUCAGUGUGAGAGAGAAAAGAAAUCAUACCUGACUCUCUAAUUAUUCACAGACACUGUCUGGAGUCUAAUGCUAAAGAAUCCCAUUGACUCAUCCUUCUUAUUCAACCCAAUCAUCUACCAUGGUUAGACACUCACCCUGCCAAUGAGUAAUAAAAUGCUAAUCUUCAGGAUUAGAUUAUGUUUUUGGGAAGU